GGCGUUAUGGACGCUGUCCGGUGUCCGUCGCACGGAACCUUCUGCUUCCUGAAGACCGGCGUCCGCGAUGGCCCGAACAGAGGAAAGAGCUUCUAUGUGUGCCGGGCGGACACGUGCGGCUUCGUCCGGCCCACGGACAUUCCCGUUUCUCACUGUUUAUUACAUGAAGACUCUGUGGUAGAGCUUCAGGGUUUAUUUCUGCCACAGGGUAAGAAAGAACACAGGUUGUUCUUCCGAUGCGCUAGAGGUAAGGCAGAGAGGAAACGCUGGUGUGGAAAUGUUCCAUGGAAGGAUCCUAAAUCAAAAGACCCCCCUGUCACCAGUAAGUCCCAGCCUACGUCUGAGACUUUUCCUCACCUUUCCGGCCAGCAGAGAAAUCCCUUCAAGGUGCUGGACAAGAGUAAGAAGCCAGCACUCUUCAAACACAUCCUCCAUGAGGAAGAUGUGGAAAGGAUGGCUGACCAGAAGCUGGAGGAAAAGGGAAGGCAGCAAGUGGACUGCCCGGAGCAGAAGCCUGAGUGGAACCGCCAGAUGGAGAGAGGCCCUGCAUCUGACCUGGGGGUGAAGAGGACACAAUCUGGAGUUGAAGAGUCAUCGAGGGGGGAGAGCACUGAGGCAACAGGAGGCAGUACAUCCGGAAGCGGAGGCCAUACCUCUGGGCAGCGCUGUGGGAACCCUGCGUGGGAAGCAGGCUCUGCCCUGGAGUCACAUGACAAGAACCAGGAUCCCCAAAAUAGAGCAGAGCCUCCAAGAGAAAAGGAAGCCCCAUCUUCCCCUCACCAGAACCCAGAAAGCCAGCCCCAGAAGGGGGGUCAUCAUGGCAGGGAGCACCCUUUGAACUGGGAGGCUAAGGAAACAAAGGCAGAGCACGGCCCAGGCACAAGGACCUUCAAGGAAGGGCUACCUCGGAGGUCUUCAGAGGCCCAUGGGCCUGCUUCCAUGGGGCAUGCUCGGAGAGGGGGGCACCAAUCUGCCUCCAGCAGUGAAGACAGUGAAGAGGAGGAGGAUGUUUCCUCCGAGCCAGGGAGCCCUCUUCUCUUUGACUCAACCAAGGACUCAGAGGAGGAGGAGACACUUCUGCUGCCUGGUCAGCGGUCACAAAGAGAAGAAUCUAGAGCCGCAGCACUUUCCGAGAAGCCCCAGCCGUCAGCCCCCACCACCCAAUGUGUGCACCUUGCCUCCCAACCCAAGCAGAAGAUGGUAACUGCUGACAUCGUCACCCAGCUGAAGCAGAAGAAGAGCUUACUGGCAUCGGUGAAUAUCCAGGCUCUUCCAGACAAGGGGGAGAAGUUGCUCAAGCAAAUUCAGGCACUGGAGGAGUCCCUUGGUGCUCUUGCCCUCUCCCCAGAGCAAGCAGGAAGUAAUGAGAACAGCAGCUCUCAAGCACCACAGCAGAGGAAUGCCACCAAAACUACUGAGCCCCCCCACCUGGUGCCUCCCCAGCCCCUUCAGGGUCGUGCCGCCCAGCCUCUGGACUCUCUAGGACUAAAGGCAGCCUGCCGGUCAACGGCUGGAGGAUAUACGAACCAAGAUCGCCUUCACGCCUUGUGGAAAGUCACAAGUGAAGCCAUUGAUGAACUACACCGCUCGCUGGAGUCCUGUCCUGGGGAGACAGCAAUGGCAGAAGACCCACCUGGCUUGAAGGUACCUUUGUUACUACACCAGAAGCAGGCAUUGGCCUGGUUACUGUGGCGGGAACGGCAGAAGCCACAAGGAGGGAUUCUGGCGGAUGAUAUGGGUUUAGGGAAAACCCUGACCAUGAUUGCACUCAUCCUCACCCAGAAAUACCAGGAAAAGAGCAAAGAAAAGGACAAAAAUGUGGCUUUGACGUGGCUUUCCAAAGAUGACUCCUCCAGCUUCAUUUCCCAUGGAACACUGAUUGUCUGUCCAGCCUCCCUGAUCCAUCACUGGAGAAACGAGGUAGAGAAGCGGGUGAACAGCAGCCAACUGAGAGUCUAUCUCUACCAUGGGCCGAACCGGAAUCGACAUGCCAAAGUCCUGUCUACGUAUGACAUCGUGAUAACUACUUACAGUCUACUAGCCAAGGAGACUCCCACAGAGAAGCAGGAGGGGGAGGCCCCUGAUGCGGCCCUUGGUGCACAGGGUGUCUCAGGGCCUUUGUUCCAAGUGGUCUGGGCCCGCGUCAUACUGGAUGAGGCUCACAGUGUGAAGAACCCACGAGUGCAGGCGUCCAUCGCUGUGUGCAGGCUUCGAGCCCAGGCUCGCUGGGCCGUCACUGGCACCCCCAUUCAAAAUAACCUGUUGGACAUGUAUUCACUACUCAAAUUUCUGCGCUGUUCUCCAUUUGAUGAGUUCAGUCUGUGGAAGAGUCAGGUGGACAAUGGAUCCAAGAAGGGAGGAGAGCGGCUGAGCAUUCUCACCAAGAGCCUCCUGCUGAGGAGAACGAAGGACCAGCUGGAUGCCGCCGGUAAACCCCUGGUGCUGCUUCCCCAGCGUGCGUUCCAGCUGCACCAGUUAAAGCUGUCUGAAGAUGAACAGACCGUGUACAAUGUCUUCUUUGCAAGAUCCAGGUCAGCGCUGCAGUCCUAUCUGAAGAGACAAGAGAGCAGAGGGAGCCCACCUGAAAGAAGCCCCAAUAACCCAUUCCUUCGAGUGGCUCAGGAAUUUGGUUCCCCCGGGUCUGGACACAGUGCAGCCGCCAGCUCCGGGGGCCCCAGCACCGCACACAUUCUCUCCCAGCUGCUGAGGCUCCGCCAGUGCUGCUGCCAUCUUUCCCUACUGAAGUCGGCCCUGGAUCCCACAGAGCUGAAGAGGGAAGGACUUGUUCUUUCCCUGGAGGAGCAGCUCAGCGCACUCACCCUCUCUGAGCUCCGCGACUCCGACUCAGCUCCCACUGUGUCCCUGAAUGGCAUGAGCUUCAAAGUGGAGCUCUUUGAAGACAUGAGAGAGAGUACCAAGGUGUCCUCGCUGUUGGCAGAACUGGAGGCAAUCCGAAGAAAUUCAGCGACUCAGAAGAGCGUCGUCGUCUCGCAGUGGACCAGCAUGCUGAAGGUGGUCGCCGUGCACCUGAGGAAGCGCGGGCUGACGCACGCCACUAUCGACGGCUCUGUGAACCCCAAACAGAGAAUGGAGUUGGUGGAGGCAUUUAACCACUCGAGAGGCCCCCAGGUCAUGCUGAUCUCUCUCCUGGCUGGAGGUGUUGGUCUAAACCUCACUGGAGGAAACCAUCUCUUUCUUCUGGACAUGCACUGGAACCCGUCACUAGAAGACCAAGCUUGUGACCGGAUUUACCGAGUGGGACAGCAGAAGGAUGUUGUCAUCCACAGAUUUGUUUGUGCUGGAACAGUGGAAGAAAAGAUCUUGGCACUCCAAGAAAAGAAGAAAGACUUGGCCAAGCAGGUUCUCUCUGGGUCGGGAGAGUCCGUCACCAAGCUCACCCUGGCUGACCUCAAAGUCCUUUUUGGCAUCUGACCUAAUUGCUGCUUUGUGUCCGGAUCUGGGCGUGGCAGGCCAGCCAUGAUCUUGUGCUUCACCGGCUGUCCAGCAGCCUCCUGCAGAGGAGCAGAAAGAACCUUAUCCCCAGGACUGAGUGCGGGCGCCACGGUACCCAGUGCCUCAGUCAGCUCACUUCCAUAACAAGCAGCAGGCACUCCAAUGAUUUCAGGUUAAAAUGCUUGGAAGCCAGCCCCAGCAGGAAAGUCUGUGAGACGCUCACUUCCAGUUAGCCACCAAAAAGCCACAGUGGCGGCAUGGCUCGUGGUAGAGUGUCAGCCUUGAGUGAAAAAGGUAAGAGAGAGCGCCUAGCCGAGGACAAGCCCCAGAGCCAGCGCACACACAAAUCUUUGGAAGACAACUCUGGUGGAAGUAUAUUUCAGCUUCAGUAAAGCUUAAAAAGCCCACUGCUGCUGGGUGUGGUGAUGUACACCUGUGGUCCCCAGCGUCUGGGAGGCAAAGGAGGUACUACUGCCCUAUGGAACCCGGUAAAUCCCAUCUCAUUGCUGCCAGGCUGCCCCCAUUGGCCUCUCUAGACUGAGCUGAGACCAGAGCCCUCCCCACCACCCCUCCGCCCAGCAUUGCUUCUGAGCCU